AUGCAGGGGAUGAAGGGGUAUAGUGCCGCUGACAAAAACGCGAACAACAUGUAUCAACUGUAAAAAUGUCUGGGUCUGGAAGAAUCCAACUUGUCAUGCUGUUUUGGAUUCUAAAAAGAUCUGUAUUGCAUGAGCAGCAAAGGGAGUCCAAGUUUUGCUACACGGAAAGAGCAUUUGUCAUGGGGUAUAGGCAUCAGGAAGCCCUCACCAAAUCUGUGACGCUAGGGCAUGCAUCACAGACAUCAGGAGUCAUGCAAAAUGUGCAUGACAAACCAACAUGCAGUCGCAUCGCACACCCGGGAGAAAUAUAGUCAGAUCAUCUAACAAGAAAAGGGAAAGACAAGCAACUAGGAACGGCGCGCUUUUGUGCAUCUACUUCUCAUCGAGUCCAGCAGAAUGAGCCAAGGACACUGCCACCAAAUCGACAACGGCCGCCCCGGGGUGGUAAGUGUCGACCAGACCGACGGCAACAUAUUCUGCUGGGUGUGGGGAGUAGAUUUCCAAAAGAGGAGGGAAGUAUGUCUGAAUAUGCAUGAAAAGCAUGGAGAUAGCGACCCUGAGUUACCUUCAUUUUUUCCGAGGGAAAAGUUUUGCAUGCGAAGGUAAAGCAGGCUCGCGCUGCAAAUCAGUGGGAGGAAUGGAUAAGUUAUAGCUUCAGGAAAAUUCUUGGCUAUUUGUAUGAUUUGCAUCUCUAUGUAUGUAGCAACCUUCACGUGGUGAAGCAUACGCCAAAUUGUAUGAAAAUUGUAUGAGAGAUUCCUGUUGCUAUAACUUCUGGCAUCAUUCUAGCGGCUAGAAUUAUACCAAUCCAAACCUCCGCUGAGAAGCAGAGAGACAUACUCGAGGCAGGGCGUCUACCUCUUUGCGUGUAAGGGCACCCGGCCCCUUUUCCUUUUCUUUCUUUUUUUUGCAUGCGGGUAGCCGAAUAGAGGCUGGUUCGUAGCGCAGCGGCUUACUGCGCAGCGUCGGUUCGUAACGCAGCGGCUUACUGCGCAGCGUCGGUUCGUAAACGUGUGUCGCCCUUCGUUCGUUGUCUUCAGGAGCUUGAUCGCAAAUUCGUACGCUCCUCCUGCUUUAAAAAUUUCCGAUCUUCCCGGCUUCCCCAUACUCCCAUGUAGAUUUUGGCGCCUACCCCUUUACUUCCUCUGUCGUGUAGUGUUGUUAGCUUGCCUGACUCGCCUUCUUAGCGCUAGCCCGCGUAGCCCGCGUCCUCGCAGGGGCAGCUGUUUUUUUUUCCGCCUUGCCAGCGGGUUUGAUUCUGGGGAAAGGAGCUUUCUGGGUUCAACCGCCCCUCCCUCCCGGGGUUCAACCGUCCCUAUCCCUCCCGGUUUUCAUUUAUCUAUCCUUUUUUCGUAGAUCAACAGUUACGUGCGAUUUUUCGGCAUCGGCGGCAUUCGCACUUCGAGCCCGGUGUAGAUUUCAGAAGUCCCUCGGCAUUUGGGUCAUAGUAUCGUUACAGGGCUCCGCGUUUGCUAUAUGCUCGUCUUUUCGCACUUAGGUCCCUAGUAUCGCCUGAUCCACAAGAAGCUCGACCAUUUAAUAUUCGUGGACCUCCCCUUUGAGGAAGCGGGUGCGCUCGGUGGGCCACUUUCAUAGGUUUGUCAUGGGGGACCCGUUCCCCACUUGUAAUGUAUUUUUGGCCGCCGAAGGUUUUGAUUUGCAUUGGCGUGCUCGAGUACCGGGGUGACGGAAGACGAAUUAGUUCUAAUAGAUAGAAGAAUGAAAAUUUUGUUUUAACCUCUUCGUGCAGCGGCUUCUGCACAUAAAUUUAGUCUCGACCUUUAGCCCCGCCCCCCCAAAAAAUCUACAUAUUUUACUACGUCUCCAUCUGCGUCCCAGCGUGGACGUCUGCCGCGGCUUUCGGCAUUAGACGUUAACUAAAACGAGUGCGUUGCGCGGGUUUAGGGUUCCCCCGGUUUGUAUCUCCCGAAAGGCAUGCUUUGAUGGGUUUAGGGUUUCGAAAGAAUUUAUAUCGCAUGACGCGUGACGGGAGCACGCUAAGCGCAGCGGGCGGGUACCGUUCUCGCCGUAACACAAUUCCAGAAAGAAAGAAAGCGGAGCCCCUCCCGCAGGCAAAAAAAAAAAAAAAAAAAAUGUGCAUGACAAACCUGGCAAUCUUCCAGACCCAGACAUUUUUACAUUUGAUAACAUGUACGCGGAGUCAAAUUUCCAUCUGCUCGCCGCAAACACGACGGAAGAUUUGACGCCGCUGAUUCUCUACAACCUCGCACAGAAUCUAACGCCCUUGGACUGCUUUUUGCUGGACGUGCAGCGGCCGACGAGUUUGUUUUUGACCAGUCAACCUGCGCCCCCGGGGCCGAUAAGACCGACGGUAAACGCGGGGUCGACGACCAAUGACGAUGACUUGACGCACCAAAUCGGGAAGAUUUUCUACGGAGACCUCUGUAUUCGGCAGGACCUGGUCCAGGGGAACUCCCCAGCGGUGCACAUCAUCGAUCUUUGGCGGGACCAGGCGUCCGAGUGCGCGCGGAUGAUCAACAGCAGCAUGGCGGGCUUGCCGCAGGAGACGCGGUUUCGGAUAGGGGAGUCGAAGAAGCAAAUCCGGUCGUUAGCGACCCGGCUGAAGGGAAAGGAGGGGCGGUUUCGGGGGAACCUGAUGGGCAAACGCGUUGACUACUCCGGCCGCACGGUGAUUUCGCCCGACCCAAACGUGGAAAUCGACGAGGUGGUGAUUCCGGAGCAUGUCGCAAAAAAAAUCACCUUUACGGAGAGGGUCACGCAGCUGAAUCUCGAGAAGUUGCAGCGGUGCGUGAUCAACGGAAACGAAACGCAUCCCGGAGCAGGCUUCAUCGAACUGCCAAAUGGGAUCAAGUUCAACCUGGUAUAAACUGAGGCUUCCAGUACGAUGCAGCGUUCUAGUACGAUGCAGCACAUAAAAAAACAUAGAAGAUUUGUCACCGCCUAUUGUUUUCUCGUGUUUUUGAUUGAGCCGACGGUAGCAAUUGUUUUUUUACAAUAUUUUCCCGGCCUUGUUGAUCUUUUCCCUCAACAACGCACUCAACAGUUCCAGCUCCCGAAGAAUCUGCGCGUGAAGAAGUCCCAAGCCCUCCAGAUCGGCGACAUUGUCCACCGGCACAUGUGCAACGGCGACAUUGUGCUGUUCAACCGGCAGCCCUCUCUCCACCGUAUGUCCAUCAUGGCCCACAAGGCGCGGAUCCAAACCUACCGGACCUUCCGGUUCAACGAGUGCGUGUGCGGGCCGUACAACGCGGAUUUCGACGGGGACGAGAUGAACAUCCACCUGCCGCAGACCUACGAAGCCCGGGCGGAGGCUUAUCACUUGAUGGGCGUGAAGCCGGGCAUCAUUUCCCCCCGGAACGGCGAGCCGGCCAUUGCGUGCACCCAGGACUUCCUCACCGGGUCCUUUUGGCUCACCCAGAAGGACGCGCUCUUUGAUCGGUCGAAGGUCUGCCAGUUGAUCACCCACGCGACCAAGGGGUUGGAACACGUGGACCUCUGUCCCCCGGCCAUAAUAAAACCCGUGGAGCUGUGGACGGGGAAACAGGUGUUUUCCCUCUUGCUCCGCCCGGGUCGGAAAGACCGGAACUUGCUCAUCAACACGGACAUCUGCGAGCGGAACUACAGUAAAAAGGGGAAAAACUUCUGCCAGAAGGACGGUUUUGUGUCCUUCUACAACUCGGAACUGAUCAGCGGGAACCUCGGGAAAAAAACGCUCGGCGACGGCGCGAAAUCCGGCCUGUUCGCGAAGUUGGUGAGGGACAGCACCAACGACACCUCGGCGAAGAUGAUGGGGCGGGUGGCGCGGUUCGCGUCGCGGUACUUGCAGAACAUCGGCUUUACCAUCGGGAUUGACGAUGUCAUGCCGAACCCGAUCGUGAUGGAGAAGAAGAAAAAUAUCACCGACCAGAAGAUGAAAUCGAUAAAACGCCACAUCCAGGACUACAACCUUGGCAUGAUUCAACUGAAACCCGGGUGCACCGCGGAAACCACGCUCGUAUCAACUGUAAAAAUGUCUGGGUCUGGAAGAUUCUGACAGUUGUCAUGCACGUUUUGCGUGAGCCAUGAUGACUGUGAUGCAUACCCGAGCAAUACAGAUUUUUUGAGGGCCUCUUGAUGCCUAUUCCGCAUGACAAAUGCCGUCUCAGUGUACUGCAAAAAUUGCAUUCCCUUUGCUACUCAUGCAACACAGAUUUUUUUGGAAUCCACAGACAGCAUCACAAGUUCCACUUUUCCAGACCCAGACAUUUUUGCAUUUGAUAGCUCGAAGCCUUCAUCAACAACGACCUGGGGGCGAUUCGGCAGGAGACGGGGGACAGUUGCAACGACGACCUGUCCUUGACCAACAAGGUGCAAGUCAUGACCACCUGCGGCUCCAAGGGAUCGGCGAUGAACCUGUGCCAGAUGAUGGCGUGUCUGGGGCAGCAGAACGUGUCCGGGGCGCGGAUCAAAGACGGGUUCGUGAACCGGACCCUGCCGUUGUUCAAGUACCACUAUAUGAUUUUCUUCUACUAUAUUUUUCUUCGACCACAGGCACUUCAUCUUUAAUUUUCUCAUCUCUUGCGUGGCUCGCUGCAAAAAUCUUUAGUCAUAGUAGUGGACGAAGACAACCCUAUAAGUACGUACAGAUGCGAUUACUGAAACAAUAAACUCCUGCAGGUACAACGCCAAGGAACCAAAAGCCCGCGGCUUCGUGUCCAAUUCCUUCUACUCCGGCCUAGAGCCCCCGGAAUUCUUCUUUCACACGAUGGGUGGCCGCGAGGGUCUCGUCGACACGGCCGUGAAGACGGCGGAGACGGGGUACAUGCAAAGGCGCCUGAUCAAAGCGCUGGAGGACCUUUCCAUCAAGUACGAUCUCUCCGUCCGCAGUUCCAACGGCCGCGUUGUGCAAUUCGCCUAUGGAGCGGACGGGUUGAACCCCGGUUCGAUGGAGGGGAGCGGUAGUAAGUGCUUGGAUUUGAAACAUACUUUGUCCCAAGUGCUCCGCGUCUGCCGCGGUCCGAAGGGGGUGAAGCAGAAGAAGACGUUUGGGGGAUACAGUAAGGAAGAAAGGAACGCCUUAUCCGCGCGGAAGAGAACCGCACAGAGCUGCGUGGAGUUCUUACCGACAAAAGUGGCGGAAAUAGUAAACCAGGAGGGUGAUAAUUUCCACUCAAAUAAAGCUGCUUCUAAUCUCACGAAACACGAGCUCGAGGAGUACCUCCACAAGCCACUCACCGCGACGGAGCUCGAAGCCAUCUCGCGACCACUUUUAACGAGCUUAGAAAAGCACAUCAAGCACGCCUACCCGAGUGCGCACGAUCUGGACACCAAAGCGUUUCAGGACGAACUGCGGAGCUUUCUGCUGACAGAGGUGUGCGAGAAGUUGAGGAAAACGGAAGUGGAGCUGGAAAACUCUUCUUCUAUGGACGUUGACGAUCAUGGACGAACUACAUCAAUCGCUGCACUACCGGAUGAUGUUGACCUGCAAUCCUCGGAGGAUGAUCCAAGAAGAACCGCCCUCGCCCUGCAGCUGCACAACAACAACAUCUGCAUCACCCGGCACCAACUGGACGAAUUCAUCCACCGUUGUGCGACCAAAUACGUCCGGGCGUUGCACCACCCGGGCGAGGCGGUGGGCGUGGUCGCCGCGCAGUCCAUCGGGGAGCCCGCGACCCAGAUGACUCUGAAGACCUUCCACUUCGCGGGCGUCGCGAGCAUGAACGUGACCCUCGGUGUGCCGCGGAUCAAAGAACUGAUGGACGCAGUCCGGACGAUUUCCACCCCAGUGAUCACGGCUAGGUUAGAAGAUCCCACCAGCGAGACCUUCGCGCGACUGACGAAAACGCGAGUCGAGAAGACUUUUUUGAAAGACGUGUGCAAGCACUUCAAGGAAGUUUAUCAACCCUACGACGAAGACGGGAUCUGGCAACGGCAUUUGAAAACGAUCGAGCAGCGCUGGAAACUGCAGAACACCCGGAACAACGAGAACAAGAUAGACGACGGCGAUCCGGAUUUUCUACUCGCGAAGGUCGAGAAGCCGGUGAACUACACGCUCCACGGCGGCGGCAUGUAUCUGGUGAUUAAACUGAACCGGGAAACGCUCUCGAAGCUCUAUCCACAGUAAAUUUCCUGUACACGUACCAAUGCGGUCUCUGCAUGGCAAAUCUAGGCUUCGAUCCUAGUUUAGCAUGACAAGUUUCACAGUCCAAAUUGGGGACAUUUGUGAUGCAUCUUGUACAUGUACGGGAAAUUUGUAUUGCAUAAGCUCCAAAUGAACCACAUCACGGCGAAGCACGUGAUGCGGUGUAUACGAGCGCAGAUCCCGUUGUCGAAAUUCAAGUACACUUUGGUCGAAGUGCCCAGCUCGAAGGACAGCUCCAAAUUCGCCGUGGACAAGAUCCGACUCUACCCCUACGGGCCGAAUGGGUACUUUGACCUGGGGCAGCUGCAGCAAAUCCUCCCUUACGUGCACAUCGACGGGCUGCCCACCUGUGGGAGGGCGGUUAUCAACCUGACCAAUGACAAAGAACACGAGCUGCUGGUGGAGGGUGUCGGGCUGCAGGAGGUACAAGUACUUUUGUAAGUCAUCUUGGUCUUACUUUAAAGGCACGAGGUUCGAUUGAUUGGGUACGUACCCACUCUGGAUCAGGUACCCACUUUGGAUUGGUAAUGGGGUACUCUUGCAAAAUGUAUCCAGUUAUCCAAGUUGUACCCGCAGGAGCAGACGGCCGCGCGCAGCCGGGACACACACCGCUGCCCUGGCGCCUGAAGGGAAUCAGACACAUCUUGCAUUUUUGUAUCUGAUAAAAAUAAAAUUUUAAAAUUUCGCGGAUAUUCAAAAUUUUACUUUUUUGCAAUAACGUCUCCGCCUCAGAGUUUGCAUGUAAAGACUUGAAGACUUUCACGUAGUAGACUUAUCAUGGAGAUUUGUAUAUAGAGACUUAGGACUUUGUUGCCAUGAUGUGACGCGAAUAAAAAUAAAAUUUUGAAUUUUCGCGGAUUUGUGACCAGUAUAAAAAUAAAAUUUUGAAAACAGCAGGGCUCUGUGCUGUAAGAAGUGUGCAAUAGACGAAAACGCAGCACGAGGCAGCGCGCCACCGGGUACGAGGAGCAAUUUCGCUUCCACCACGCCACCGGGUACCCACGCCACUGGGUACUCGCACGCCCGGGCACCCAAAUCAUACAGAGUACCCCACCCCCUCUGGGUACCCAUUUCCCACUGGGUACCCGUUCCCAACAUGGGUACCCAAACCAGAGUGGGCACCCAAUCCAAAGUGGGUAUCUUCCAAUCCGUGGGUACCCGAUCCACACCUCUACGAAGACAAGUCCGGGUCGUGUUUUUUUGAUGGCAAGCCUAAGAAGUUUCAUGCCGAAUACAAUAUUUGGCUAAGUACUUAACAUGACCAGCAGGACAGCAUUGGUAAAUUGACGAUGCAAAGCCAAAGUUUUAUUUUGACGCUCGCAUUUCCAUUUCUUUUUCACAGGUCAUGAUCACUCCUGGCGUGAACAGCGCCCGCACCGUGUCCAACAACGUCCUGGAAGUCCGUGGCGUCCUCGGAAUCGAGGCCGCGCGCGCGACGAUUACUUCCGAAAUCACGAAAGUGAUGUCCAGCCACGGUUUGGAAGUGGACUCCCGGCACAUACAGCUGCUCGGCGACACCAUGACCCAAAUGGGGGAAGUGUACGGGAUGACCCGACACGGCAUCCAGAAGUUGAAGGCCUCCACCAUGAUGCUUGCCAGCUUCGAAAAGACAAACGACCAUUUGUUCGACGCCGCCGCCUACAGGAGAACGGACCCGGUCGCCGGGGUUUCCGAGUGCAUCAUCCUUGGGUCCCCGAUUCACUUCGGCACGGGCAUGUUCGACCUGCUGUACGAGCCGGUUACGGUGAAGCGGGAGAAAAAGAGGCCGACGUUGCUCGGGAAAACGACCCAAUUCUUCAAGAAAAUCACGGAGAAAAGAAGAGCGGGGACGUUUGGAACGACGUUAGGGAUGGAGAAGAAAAAAGCGAUGUCGGAGGACCAUGAUGUAGUUCUUCACGCCGGUGGUGCAGCAGCUUCUGCGAAGGACAAGGAAAGUAGAAAUAAACAAGUCGAAAAGCAGACGGAGAAUAAAGCAGACCAAGGGCCAAAACGAACCAAAAGGGCGUCGUCCGGUGCGAAAAGAUGA